AACUGUUUGUGUCCGUCUCCAAAGAGGACCGGACUCAUUUCUGAGUGCACCGCUGAGGUACUCCGCACUCUCACUCUCUAACAACUAACAAAAAUAGACCUUGUUGAACAGGGAGAUGGCGCUGCGUGCUUGUGGCUUCAUAGUGUUUCGGCGUCUAGCCAGUUGCAUCCCUCCACCAGACAACAUCGAAUACCUCCUCUUGCAGACCUCUUAUGGGGAACACCACUGGACCCCACCCAAAGGUCAUGUGGACCCAGGUGAGGAUGACCUCACCACAGCUCUGAGGGAGACCAAGGAGGAGGCGGGGCUGGGGGCGGAGCACCUGCGUGUGAUUGAUGGCUUUUUGCAGGAGCUGCACUACGAGGUGCGAGGCAGACCCAAAGAGGUGUUGUACUGGCUGGCCGAGCUGAGGGACCCAGAGAUGCCGGUGAUUUUGUCUGACGAGCACCAGGACUACCGCUGGGCCCGGCUGGAGGAAGCCUGCAGGCUGGCUCAGUACAAAGACCUGCAAGACACACUGAGAGCAGUACACAAUUACUUGGAGGCUCAGCAGAACAAACAGUGAUGGACCAGAACGUUAGACUGUGCAAACAGGAGGAUUAAAGAAGGGAACUGUCAACUAGCACAUGGGACCCUCAGACCUUAGUUUGGUAGAGCACCCAGUGUGACAGUGUGUCUGCAGUUUAUGUGAUUGAUGAUUCUGUCUCUGUUUUAAAUACUUUACUGUGUAUAAUGUAAGGCUGAGUCGAUUCCCUUCUUUGAAAACAAAGGUGAGUAGGGAGGAAAUGAAUCAAUGUUUGAAUACUGUAUCACAGAUUUGAUCUGAGUCACUGCACAAAAAUCUGAUUGCCUGUGUCAAAUGUAAUGAAAUUAAAUACAUUAAUGUUUUAAAUGUAAAUAAACUAAAACUCUAAACUUA